ACAAGUGUUUUGCGGGAGGGAGUGGUGCAGUGGGAGUAGUGGUGCAGUGGGGAGUGAGCUGGGAGUGAGCUGGGGAGCUGUGUGCCGGGGUAGGGGGGAUGGCCGGCCCGGGGGGGAACAAGGAAUACUUGUUUAAAGUGCUGGUGAUCGGGGAGUUGGGUGUGGGUAAGACCAGCAUCAUCAAACGGUACGUGCACCAGCUCUUCUCCCAGAACUACCGCGCCACCAUCGGCGUGGAUUUCGCCUUAAAGGUCAUCAACUGGGAUCCCACAACACUCAUCCGCCUCCAACUGUGGGACAUUGCAGGACAAGAGCGUUUUGGCAACAUGACCAGGGUGUACUAUAAGGAGGCUGUUGGAGUUUUCAUAGUCUUUGACUUAACCAGAAGUUCAACGUUUGAUGCUAUUCUUAAAUGGAAAAAUGACUUGGACAGUAAAGUAAAGCUGCCUAAUGGGAACCCUGUACCUGCUGUUCUCUUGGCAAACAAGUGCGAUCAGAAACAGGAGGCUAUGGCUCACAACCAUUCUGAGAUGGACCAGUACUGCAAGGAGAAUGGAUUCGUCGGAUGGUUUGAAACCUCAGCGAAGGAAGAUGAAAACAUAGAGGAAGCAGCACGAUUUUUGGUGGGAAAUAUUCUUGCCAGUGACCACCUACCUACAACUGAGGACACAGAUAUAGACAAACUUAAGCUGGAGGAGGAGACCAUGAGGGCUGAAAGCAAAUCUCAGUGCUGUUAAUGCAGUAUUCUGCCUCACAGCCUUUCAUCAGAAGCUGCCUGGAUAACAUCAGCAAGAGAGGACCUUUCCUACACUGUCAGUAACUGACUGCCAAAACAAAACCACUGAAAGGUCUUCAGACAACUAAUAUUUAAAAAUAUUUUUUCUAUUGUUUUUACUUCUCAUUGAAUUAUAAAAAUAAUCCUAUAAAUGUUUUUAUUAUUAAAUGUUCUGCAAUCUAUUGAAGAAUGUAUCUUUCAAUUUUGUACACAAGUCAAAUUUCUAUCCACAGUGUAACUUUUAUCCAUUAAACUUGAUUACAAAGAUCUGUUGCUGCUGAGUUAGGGUGACAACAUGAAGAACAGAACCGUACUUUUGUUUUAAUCUUACUACACCAUUGAAACUCAAAUGCCCUAGCAGAGCUCCACAUCAUUCAUUGUUGUUUGGUUGAGUUUGUGUGCAAGAGUUAGCCAGUUUGCUUGAUGAUUGGAAAUGGCUAUAAAAUUCAUCUACAAUAUGCCGAGUCACUACACUUGACAGUAUAUCCUGUGAAGCGCUUUGAGAUAGCUUUCUGGUGUGAAAGGCACUAUAUUAUUAAAUGCAAGGAUUAUUAUAAUUAUUAAAUAUUUGUGAUGUGGGUGGUGAAGGUUUGCAAUGUACACAAGGGGAUGUCUUCUGUGCAAUACUCUCCUAUGCCCUUCACCUGCCUGAAGACUGUAUGGGUCCUUAUACUGUAGUUGCUAGGGGUCCAAAGUAAGGCCACUUCUUCCUAGUCCCUAGCCAGAGAGUGAAAGGAGUGGAGGUAUGGCCAUUUGUGCUCACUGAGGAGGAAAGAUGAGAAAAGGCGAAUUGAUAUAUUGUCUAAAUAUCACAAGUCAUCUACUUCACUCUGCCUGGUUGAAGGCUUUGUUUAUGCCCAGUUUACUAGGUUCAUAGAAGCUGGUUUGUUGAGGAAGGUAGUAAUGUGCUUCCCACAUUUGUCUUCCUCAGUCCCUUCCUGAUCAUUUCAUUUUCUCCCAGUGGAUCAGCUGCAUUGUGGAUUGCUGACACCAAAUUUAUGUCUAGGGCAUGCAUUGGAUCACAAUGGAGAGGAGAGACACUGAUUCAUAGAUCUUGCUUUCAUUGACUGGGAGAGGUCUGUUGUUUUGAGGUAUUUUACUUAUGUCAUUGGGUGCAGCAUUAUACCUCAAUAGUUUGUUGCUUCUGGUGUAUUCUGAGUACUGUAAAUAAAGUUGCAGCUGGAUGGAAUUCUUUUAAAAUGGAA